AUGUCGCUCCCUCUCCCCCUCCCGAUCCGAUCUGGAUUAGGGCUCGACCACGCCGACGCCGCGACACCGCCGCCCAUCCCUGACCACUCGCCGGAGCCCCUUUCCGGUGGAUUGGCCCCGCCACUCACUGCCACGUCGCCAACCACCGCCGCCCAGAGCUCCUCCGUUCUACCCUUCGCCAGAGCCGUCGUCCACGUCUCCUCCCCAAAUGCUCCAACGAGCCUCGUCGCCCCUCUUCCCUUCAUCGAACGUGAAGCCCCCUUCCCUCUCUUCCCUCUCUGUCACGGCCACACCAUCCCCUACAAGCCCGCGCCUCGAUGCGCAUGCCCGCGCCGCACCUCGGCCAAGACGCUCGCACCCCCUACUCGCGGUGCGUGUCGCGCCCCGCUUGCCGAGCCCGCGCCCACGCCGUUCCUGCCCGCGGUCACCGCACGUCACGCGCUCCAUCGGCCUCUCCGGCCACACCCCGCGCCACUGGGCCUCACCCCUACUUCCCUUACGUUCCACCUCGAGCGUAUGCGCACGCUGCUCGGCUCCCGCUCCGAGCGUGCCUUGCCCCUGCCGUCCGCUAGCCGCUGCAGUUGCGGCUGCUGCUCCUCCACCGCACCGCCGCACUCGCCCCGUCCUGUCUUGGUGCUGCCCUGGCGUGGCUCUGGCCACUGCUCGCCGCCGUCCGUCGUUCGUCGCCUCGCGGCCUACCGUGCGCGCCCGCACGCGCCUCCUCGGCCGCAAACGCCUGCGCCCGACGCACGCAAGCGCGACCUGCCCCGCGAGCCCCCCUUGCUCUAG